AUGACUGUUGUAUAUCCUGAUGUGGCUGCUUUCGAUCUCGAUUACACGGUAUGGCCUUGUUACUGUGACACACAUUUAUAUCCACCAUUUAAACCUGUGGAAAAUCCCAAUGGUGAAGUAUAUGAGCUAAUCGAUAGCAUGGGCUAUUCAGUAAAAUUUUUUAAGGACAUACCUUUAUUGUUCAGAGAUUUGAAAGAUAAUGGCGUUAAGAUUGUUGCGGCAUCAAGGACAUGGGCACCAGAAAUAGCUCAAGAGCUUUUGAAAGGGUUUAGGAUUGAAUAUGAUGGCAAAGUCCAAUCUAUGUAUGAUUUUUUUGAUGCUGCUGCAUGGGGAGAUAGAAGCAAAGUGGGACAUAUAACCGAGAAUGUCAAACAGAUAUAUAAUCAUGAUAAUAUUAAAAACUUGAAAAUAUGUUUAUUUGAUGACGAGAGUAGAAAUAAAGAUGUGGAACGCCACGGUAUCAAGUUCGUUUAUAUUAGAAAUACGGAGACUGGUCCAACCUGGAAAUUAUACCAAGAUUACUUGAAUGGUAAAAUAUAA